AUGACUCAGUAUCCUAAAAAGCGGAAAUCAGAUUUGGUUGACUUGACCGAGGAUGGAUCAGACAACGCGUCAACUCGAGUUUCGAAAAUAAGUCGAACCUCGCCAUCUUCAUUGAAUCUCCACGGCACCAGCACGGGCCAGCGAUUCGGAGAGAGUGCUGAUUACAUUCCCUUGUAUCAAUUUGAACAGGCUUCUGGUGCCGAUGAUGACGCUGAAGCGGUUGGCCUCAUUCAGGGGAGCCAGGACAUGGAUGAGUCCUCUUUGGCGAAUUUCAUCCUCUACAGUGUUUUACCCACGAAGAUUGUGGGCGUUCGUUUCUACAAUGGCCUCGCUGGCAAUGGUGAAACUGUCUUGCCCCGACGAGACCCCCAAAACGACUAUGACCGCAACGCAAUCCGCGUUGACAACGUCAUGGGCGUCCAGAUCGGCCACAUUCCACGUUUUGUGGCCGCCAGGCUGGCGGCGUAUAUGGACAACAAGGAUCUUCUGAUUGAAGGCACACUGACGGGAAAUAUUGGUGCAUAUGAUUGCCCAAUAGAACUCAGGCUCUACGGCUCUAGCGACCCAGCCAAGAGUGCGGACCUCAAGCAGCGGAUGCAGCAGGACAAGCUCCCAGUGCACAAGCUGGACGAGCUCGAGCGAGAAGAGAGCAAGCAACAGAAAAAACGCGAGCAUGAACAAAAACAGGCUGCGAAACAGGCUCGUGCCAUGGCCCUGGGCAAAGCGGCAGCACAGUGGCAGGGCGGAGAUAAUCCAAUGUUCGCCAACCUCUCGACUCCAAUUGGGGAAGGUGGUGAAACCGAAAGCAUGGAGGAACUUCUCAGCCAAAGCAGCUCCUUCAAUCCUCGCGAGAUUGGCCAGGUCGUGGAGACCUUUGGACAAAAGGAGUCUGAUAUGGCUAAGAUGCCCCUGGCGGAUGCUCCCGCUGGUCUUUCUACAGAGCUACUUCCUUACCAGCGUCAGGGGCUGGCUUGGAUGAUCAAUAGGGAGCUGCCAAAACUUCCAUCCCCUGGCUCCGACGAUAUUGUGCAGUUGUGGAAGCGAAAUGGGAACAAAUUCACCAACGUCGCUACCAACUUCUCGACUUCCAUCGAGCCACCGCUUGCAAGUGGCGGUAUAUUGGCCGAUGACAUGGGGCUGGGCAAAACUAUCCAGGUGAUUUCUUUGGUUCUUGCCAAUGCCAAACCGCGGACUUCAGCCUCCAGCAAAACCACCUUGAUCAUCGCGCCUGUUGGUGUAAUGACUUAUUGGGCAAAGCAAAUCCAGGAUCACACCCACAGUGAGAAUCGCCCGCGGGUCUGGAUUUACCACGGUUCUGGGAAGAAAGAGGCUUCUAACCUUGCCCAGUAUGAUGUGGUGAUUACCAGCUACGGAGCGCUUGCAAUGGAGUACAACCCGGACUCAAAGAAGCUACCCGCCAAGGGGAUCUUCUCGGUUCACUGGCGUCGUGUUGUCCUUGAUGAGGGCCAUACUAUCCGUAACCCGCGUUCCAAAGGUUCCAUUGCGGCCAGUGGUUUGCGAGCAGACUCACGCUGGACUCUGACUGGCACUCCCAUUAUCAACUCACUCAAGGAUCUCUACUCCCAGGUCCGUUUCCUGAAACUCUCUGGCGGGUUAGAGGAUUUGAAGGUGUUCAACAGUGUCUUGAUUCGCCCUUUGAUGACCGAAGUGCCCGAGGCACGGCUGCUCUUGGAAGCCCUGAUGGGUACCAUUUGUCUGCGGCGAAGGAAGGACAUGGAAUUUAUCAACCUGCGCCUGCCAGAAAUGACCUCGCGGGUUCUCAGGAUCAAGUUUCAGCCGCACGAGCAGGAAAAGUACAAUGCGUUCCAGUCUGAGGCGAAAGGAGCACUUCUGGACUUCAAGGACAAGGAGCAAGGGAGCACGACCUACUCCCACCUCCUGGAGGUCAUUCUUCGUCUCCGUCAGGUGUGCAACCACUGGGCACUUUGCAAGAAACGCGUCGACAAGCUCAUGAGCGUUCUGGAAGAACACAAGGUCGUGCCUCUGACACCAGAAAACACCAAAGCUCUACAAGACAUGCUCCAGCUCCAGAUCGAGAGUCAGGAAAUGUGCGCCAUCUGUCUGGACAACCUCGAGCAGCCCGUCAUCACCGCCUGUGCGCACUCGUUCUGCAGAAACUGCAUCGAACAAGUAAUCGAGCGACAGCACAAAUGCCCGCUCUGCCGAGCCGACAUCAACGACACCAACACACUGGUUUCCCCCGCCGUCGACAUGGGCGAGGACACAAACACCGUGGCCGACACCCCCGACAUCCCCAGCAGCAAGAUCGAAGCCCUCAUCAAGAUCCUGACCGCGCAGGGCCAGGCCCCCGGCACAAAGACCGUGAUCUUCAGCCAGUGGACCUCUUUCCUCAACCUGAUCCAGCCGCAUCUCGAACAGCGUGGGAUUAAAUUCGCGCGCGUCGACGGCAAAAUGUCCUCCAUGUACCGCGACACUUCCAUCGACCUAUUUUCCACCAACCCCAAAUACACCGUCCUUCUCGCCAGCUUGAGUGUCUGUAGCGUGGGCCUCAACCUCGUCGCGGCAAACCAAGUCAUCCUCGCCGACAGCUGGUGGGCCCCGGCUAUUGAAGACCAGGCCGUGGACCGAGUUUACCGACUUGGGCAGCAACGCGAGACAACGGUUUGGCGGCUCGUGAUGGAAGACAGUAUCGAGGAGCGGGUUCUGGGUAUUCAGGAACGGAAGCGUAAGCUGAUGCUUGCUGCUUUCCGUGAAACCUCCAAGAAGAAGGCCGAGGAUAGGGCCACUCGGAUCGCUGAUCUUGAGUCUCUUCUGGAGUAG